AUGAAAUUGUCCACAAAAUUGACGUAUAAUGUAAAAUUCACUGCUCUAAACAAUAAUUUAGGUACCUAUAUGUAUACUUAAUAUCAUAUAUUAUUAAAAAUUACAAAACAGUUAAAACUUAACCAAAUGGGUUUUGUAAACGAUUUAACUAAUAACGGCUUGCAUUUUAAUAUAAAGAUUUUGUUUAAUAUUUUUGUACCGAAUAGACACUCAUGUUUAAUAAUAUGCCGUCGGAAAAAAAAAAUAAAAAACGAAACAGUAUAUUAAAUUCGGCGACGUUACGAAGUAAAAUUUCACUCGAAUCCGAUCGAGAUUAAGUUUGUGGGAUUGUCUUUUGUUUAUUGAAUUACUUUUUUGGAGUUAUAUAUAUAGGGUGUAACUGGACUAUUUGAUAUUUUCACAUGCAAAUACAAUGUAAAAAUGUAAAAUAGUCCUGUUAAACUCUGUAUAUGCCUGAAAAGUGGUUUCGGAUUUUAAUUUUAGUCUGCUGGAUAGUCCUGUACAUGGGACAGAACUACUCUUCUGCGCCGCAUGAGAUCAGAAUUUAUCCGCGUGAAACGAACGACGGCGAUCGUAAAUUGAAUACAAGGCGUCAUUUUUACAAUUUUCGUUAUUUUUCUUUUACGAUUUCGCAAUAUUCAAAACUUUAAUUUAAAAAAUCGUAUUCGAAAAAGAAAAGGUUCAAUAAUAAAUCAUCGGCCUUCAAGUCAAGUCAAACGUAAAUCUGUACGCAGUGAAAUAAAAAUUACGAUAGUAUUUUCUCACGGCAAUAUUUUACACCACACAAAUCGAAACCGGAUGUUUAAAAAUUGCAAUAUUAAUCUAUAGUUGCCUCACACUUGAACAAUGGACUUUUAAAAUAGUUUUUCGUUUAUUUCUGAAUGCUGACUUAGCUAUCCGCAAAAAAAAAGUCCAUACUGGGGAUGGGUGUGCCACUGUUGUAGGUGAGAAGUUAGGAAGGUAGGAUGUUUAAAGUUAUUUAGUUUAUAUCUGUACGCAACGAUAAACCAUUGUUAACGGAAAAUGAUUCUGAGCGAAUUUCGGUUAAACAUGUUUUGAAAUUUAGUAAUUUUUCCAAUUUUCGUCAAAAUUUAAUGUUAAAAAACGUUCAUAUAAAAAAAUUGUUAUAUUACGCUUAACUUUUCACCAAUAAGUAUAAUUUAUAAUGAACGUCGAGUUCAUUUUUAAACGAAUUUUGUUUAAUCAAACAAUUGUAUCCAUAUAAUAACUAUCAAAUACAAAUAAAAAAUACGAAUAUUUUAAAUGCCUAUAAAUAGUACAAAAAUCACCAGAAUAUUUUGAAAAUUUUGCUUCGUUUAGAACUAUUAACUAAAUUACAAUAACAUAAUUUUAGAAUCUAAACGAACUAAUAAUAUUGUAAAAUAUAGAAUACAUAGACAUGAACUUGACCAAGUCGCAGUCACCAUUUCGACUUGAAACCAUAUUGCCGUUAAAAAGAAAAACAGUACCCCGUUUAUAUAUAAUGUUUAUGACGUAUGUGAUUAUUUAUCAAUCAUCACAGUAUACCUGCAUACACCUUGCGCACCUUGAGUGACAAUAUUAAUAUUAUUAUACUGAGGACUUAUAAUAAUGGCAUUAUUAGUUAUUACACGAGAUCGUGUAUGCCAACAAAAUUUAUUUUCGUUCGGUCGAUCAAUGUUGAUAUUUGAUUAAUGUAAUUUAUAACGAGUUUAGAUAGUUUACGAAGUUAUCGCCAAAGACAUAUUAUUAAACUAUUAUUAUAACGACUUUGGUGGGUUCAGUGUGUUUAGUGCGUGACGCGUCUACGAUUAACAAGUAUCGAUAAAUCAAAUAACAAUGACAAUACAAUAACAGUUUUAGAUUCUGAACGGAGCGAGGAAUGUUUUGGUUUUACAAUAAUGUUUAUAUUUUUUUUAUGAACAUAGUUUCUACUAGAAAUGUUGCUCUGAUUUUUAAGUGAAGCAUCAUUUCUGAAAAGAAAUUUGAUUGGAAUGGUACAGUAGAAAUGUGAUUUUUCGAUUUUCCCAGCUAUUUUCAUAAUAAAUGGGAAAAAGUGGAAAAAUGUACAAAAUUUAUUAUUUUAAAAUUGUAAAUAUUACUACUUUUUAAAACAUGUAUAACCGAACUCAGCUCAGAAUCGUUUUUCGUUAGCAUAGAUAAAUCGUUACGUACAUCUGUACGUAGAUAUACAUUAAAUUUUCCCUCUACCUUCCCAAGUUAUUAUUUAGAAUAAUGGCCUAUUUUAUUAACUAAUUUUGUGAAAAAAAGUUAAAUAAAUUACCGUUCCGUGCAUCUAAUUUGAAAAAAGUAGUGUACGUUAGAAUAUCUUAAAAUUUAGUCGGGAUCCUCAGUCCCUUUUCGUCCUCUAGUCAACCACUAAAUUACAAUGCACUUUAUUACUUGAGUCGGUGCCAUCUCUCAAUAAUUUUUAAUACGCAUUAACUGUGACUUCUCGUUCUAGUCGGAUUACGAGGUGUUAUUCGGGCCGGAACGUGACGUUCGAAGAGAGACGGAGAGAGGGAUACAGAGUGCAUUUUUAUUUUACUCCCCCACUUUAACCCCUCUCCCUGUUCAACUGAAAAAGGUCCUAUCGAACAGUGUGUAUAAAUAAAUAAAUAUAUAUAUAUAUAAAUAUUAAGGUACUACAGGGUGAUUGUUUUAAUAUCGACCAGUGAUUAUCAAUGUAUACGAAGAUUUUAAGUAAAUAUGAAUUCGGGUUUUUUCACACAUUACCUACUUAUUUAUUACUAUAAAAUCGCGGAACGAUCUUGUUUAAAAUAUUUUAAAAAUUUCACCUUCAUCCCGUAUUUACGUAUCAACUUUUGACGACGGGUUGGGUAUCCACGAUAUGACGGGUCACAUUCACGUUUUUAGAGAUAAUAAUGACCUUUCCGUGUUAUCCUAUUAGGUCUAAAUUUGUAACCGUUAUAACACUAACAAAUGGUAAAUCUUUUUCGGAUCCGCAGGUUAUGUUCAGGUUAUUAUAUUAUAUUAUAUAUUUGCAAAUCUAUAUUGAUCUAUUUCAUUAAUUUUAUUAAUCAAUAUUAUAUAUUUAAAAAUCGUGUGAUACACCGGUUAAUAGCGAUGAUAUUGAUAUGGGUGUCGGUUAUAAGGAUAAAAUGUUGAAAAAAAAAAAAUGAAUUGUAAAUACCUAUAUAAGAUCGUGAUUACGGCUUAGAAAAAAAAAAAUCACUCUGUAUACCGCAGUGUUUACGGAGAGUCGUAAAUGCACUCCCGUAAUGGCGCGUACACGGUACAUAGUGGCGAUAAUUACGUUUGGCCCGCCAAGGAAACGUUCGUUGGCGCGCCAAAGGCGGCAGUGGCGGCGCGGACGGACUUGCGAUGGUAAAGGCGGGGUAGCAAAUUCGCCCCUGUGGCGGCGCGGCCAAGGGGCGGUCGAGGCGUAUCACUGGCGCCGACUGCCACCGACCGUCUGCCGGCGGCGGACGGCGGUGGCGGCACGCUUGGGCCACACGGUCGCCACCGAGACGGUUCUCGUCUGUUGUUGCGUCGUGUACUCGCGCGCGCCGUACACUCUGUUGCUCAGUGUACGGGACGACGACGGCGGCGAAGGCCGACGCGCGAACUGUUACGACCACUUCGUCGUUAUAAUGAUGGUAUACCAGUUCGUCGUGGUUCGCUACUACGCCGCGACCGUAUCGGCGGUUACCACCGCCGGCCGGUGAUCGGGGUGCACGUAGCUGAUACACGGCACCGCGUGAGUUACCGCCGCGGUUACGAAGACGAGACGCCAUACCUGCAGUUCAAAGUAAGAUCGUAUAAUAAAUAUAUAAAUAUAUUUAUGUGUAUGUAUACUUAAACAAUGCAGGAAUAAUAUUAUGGACUCAUAUUAAUAUUACUAAGGGGUUCUUGUCUAUGAGGUGGGAUUUAGAAAAAUAAUACGGAUAUACAUUAAAAAAUGUCGCAUUGUUUAGGUGAUUAUUUCGUUCGUUUCCGGUGCACAUUAAAUAGGUAUCUGUUAAAAUACGAGUUUUCACUGUAUUUUAAACUAUAGGCAAUUUGAAAUAUUUUACACCCAUAAAUUUCGGUUUCGUAAUAUUUGUCCUUAAUUAUACGUUUAUUGAAAUUGACUACACACCAUUUGAAUGAUCACCUACCCCAUAGUAAAAGUUGUUUGUUUAUUUAAAAUUCUUAAGGACGUGUCCAAUUUACAAACAUAUUUUUAGUAAUAAUACAGGUUGUAAACAAAGGUAAUGUUGACGUGUUUUUUCUUCUGAACUAUAACUAGGAACGUUGAAAAAAUAAAAACGAAACAAAUUAUUUCAAUAAAUCAAAAAAAUAUAUAGAUUAUUAGUUACUCAAUUGUUACCAGGAGACAUUUAAAUAUUUAUUAAGUUAUUCGACGUGCGAUUUCGAGAGAAAUUUUUUAACAUAAAAUAAUUGAUUAUUUCGUACAUUAAGUUUGUUUACUUUAAAAUGUAUCCUGCUUAGCAUAAUUGAGUCGUUAAUCUCAUUAUAUUAUAAUAAUUUUAAAAUAAAGGUAGUAUAUAUUAAUUCUGCAUGUUUUCUAUGGGGGUUGUUUUUUUUACUUAAUAAUGAGAGUAGUGUGGGGUUUAGAAUUUAAAAUAAGUAGGAAUAUAAUCUGUCUAUUCCUGGAAUAAUCCCGUCAAAUUUCACAUUGAUCAUUUUUAUAAAGAAAAAAAAAAUGAGAAAUUCUAGGUUUAAUUAUUUUUACUAUAAUAACCAGUGUAAAAAAAAAAUACAAACAAUUAACUUCGGUUAAAAAGUUAUGCACAUUUUCUAACUAACUUUUUAUAGUCAACAUUAGUUACGACGAUUAACUUUUAACAAACUAACUCGUUAUCUAUUUUUUCUGUUAACAUAACUUUAUCGAGUUAUAAUUGUAUUCGUUAACUUGUCCGGUCUUAUAGCAAUAAUUAUAAUGUGUCACCGGAAUGUUAAAUUUAUUUGAAAAUGUCUAUUUUUAAUCUACUAAUCUAAAAAUGAAAGUUCACACUGACAUAUUGCCGAUAUUGCGUGUGUUGGGUUUUAUUUUAGAUUUUGAUCGCAGCACGAAAUUGGUUUUACUAAGAUGUAUGCUUUUCAUUUUAUGUUUUUUUUUUUUAUCUUUAAGCGACUCUUCUACCAGAAAUCUUUGUCCAAUAAAAAGAUGACAGAAGACCUUUUUUGGUUAAAUUUUUGAUCUAAUUGGUGCGUUGAGGAAGUCAUUAUAUUGAUUUUCUAAGGGGGGUUAUUUUAACAAUCGAAAAAACUCAGAGUAAAACGUUUAAAAAACGGAAAAGUUUACGACACUAAUGAAUUCUUUAGUUUUGAUUUUGGUUUUUGUUCUAAAUUCCUUAAAAAUUACCGUAGAGAACUGGCAUUUUCACAGAAAACUUUUAUUAGCCUUUUCUAGACAUGUUUUUGAAAUUAUUGUGGAGAUUUUUGAGCUGUUUAUAGGUGAAUUUUUUUUACAUAGUUUGUAUUUUGUAUGUAUUCUGUGGAUACAAUGGUAAUUCAAGGUUCAAUAUAAGUUCAACUUAGUAGUUAAAAGUAAGGUUGAGCUUAAUAGUUUUUUUUAUAGGUGUUUUAAGAUCAUAUUUUGAUGAAAAUCAUAAAUAACGAAUCGAGGACCUGCGAAAUUCUCUGCACAGUGUCUCGAUCACUCCCACUUCCCACAUCCCACAGAUGCCUCCCACUUCACCAAAAAUAUAUUACACCCUUCUGAAAAUGUGUGUAUGUAGGCGUAUGAGUGUGUGACGCUGUGCGUGUAUAACUAUUAUGACUAUUUUUGGUGUUAUCAACAGUGACCUGUUGGUUAUGGAUAUAAUUAUAAUUAUAAUAGGUAAUAUUAAACGACAAAUAAAAAGAAAAAAGAUAGACCCCCUCCCACCGUAAUACAAAAUUUCCGAGUACGUCUCCGGCCUCAAUCCUUAUUCAAGCCGGAACAUAUCAGCUAGCGUUAUAAGCUCUUAUUUUUUUUUUAGAUUCUGGGAAGAGCGAGAAAUAGUAUUGGUUUUACAAUGACGUUUAUUAUCUUUUUAUUUUUUUUGUGGACAACUUUUCUACCAGCAAUUCAAGUAUGGUACUUUUUCUGAAAGGAAAUCUGACUAGGGUGAUACUUUAGGGAAGUUAUUGUUUGAUUUUCUCAGGGGUUUUCAUAAUAAAUGGGGAAAAAUGGGAAAAUUUACGAAAUUUAUUAUUUUCAAAUCGUAAAUAUUACGGCCUUUUAAAACAUGUGUAAUCCGACUCCGCUCGGAAUUGAUUUUCGUUGGCAAAGAUCAAUCUUUUCGUACAGAUUUACAUUGAAUUGCCCUCUAUUUCUUACCUUCCCAACUUCUCAUCUACAACAGUGACCCACCCAUCGUGCGAAUUAUGUCCGACUUUUUUUUACAUAUUUGUUCAUGUUACUACGGCGGGACGAGAGCGUUAUUAUAUUAUGAUGUACGCAAUAAGUAUCGCAUUGUGACGACGUUUUCGACGCGUUUCCCGGAGAGACCCGUGAGUGAAAUCACCGACGGCGCGUUGACACGCGGCGUGUUUUUUUUUUCCACGCCGCGCGACGGACCGCGGAUAACGGUUUUACAUUAUAAUACGCGCGGUAUGCUCGUACGGUCGCACACACGACGAAUAAUAAUAUUCUCCCGAAGAGGGGGAGGGGGGUGCGAGGGGCGGGAAAAUGCUUAUUAUUAUCGUAAUAAUGUCGAACGAUCGCGGCGCGGCGACCCGCGAAAACCCCGCCGAACGUACCGGUAUUACCUGCCGAGGCGACACCCCCGGCUAUUGUGCCGGAGAAAUAAAAUAUUGUAUUUGUGACGACCGCCCGCGGUACCUUUCCCGUAUGCGCGCCGCGGCGGAAUAGAAUCGGUUAGGUCGUGACGGCGCGGCGGCGAAAAUAUUACGUGAUCCGAAAACCGAAAUUGCGAAAUACGUCCCGAAUAAACACGACGGUGAGGGGAGGGGAGAGGGCGGGGAGCAGAGUUAUAUAACCGAACCGAUAAACGCGAGCCGCCCGUAUAAAUAUUUAUAAAUUUAAAUUUCCCGAAAAUAAUAAUUACCUAUUCGUCACGUUUUCCGAAAUAAAAUGACGUGCCUAUUAUUGUCCGGGCUCGCCUACGACUUUUUAUCCGCACCGUAAUAUCCCCUCGCUUUAACGGUAUAUUGUCUAGAGACGUAUACGAGCGUAUUAUACGAGGGCUAAUCAAAAAGUAUCGAGACUGAUAAUAUUACUCGGAAACCGAGCGUUGAAGAGCAAAACGAUUUGUAAACCUAGCUUCUAUGACUUAUACUGAGCACAUCUAUUCGUAUAAAAUUUCUAUAAAAUUCUUCGUUUUGAUUUGACGAUAUUUUUCUGAAAUUUGUUUUUUACGUUUGGCGAUUUCGUAAUGAAUCCUAAAGAAGCGGAACUUGCUGCCACUCGAGGGCACAUUUUCAGUUUUUCAAUUGACAUUUAAUGGUAAAAACCAACGAAAUGUUGCAUCCCUCUGAAACUGGAAAAAAAUGCAGACAAAUUUUCUAAAAUCUCCAAAUCUGUCAAGUUACUCUUCUUUUGGGUUUAUUAAAAAAUCGCCAAACUCGAAAAAUAUAUUUUACAAAAAUAUCAGUGAAAUCAAAACGAAGAAUUUUAUAGAGAAGCAAUAAAAACAAAUGUACUCAGAAAAAGUCAUAGAAGCAAGUGAUACCAAUCCUACUGCUCUUCGAUGCUCCUUUUCCGAAUGAUACUACCAGUCUUGAUACUUUUUGAUUAGCCCUCGUAUAUAUACAUGGUAACUGGGGGUGCCGAACGUUACCCCGCCGUUUUUUAUUGCGUUACCUUAUGAGCGAUUUGUCAAAAAAAAAAAAAAAAAAAAAUCGUCUUGCUUUAUUAUUCCACAACACGGUCACGACGUUGUAAAUAAAUUAUUACGCCGUCGGCUGUAUUGAAUUCGAACGUACACAGAGAUCGCUCGACCGAUUACAAUAUUUCUGUAAUUAUUCGAUAUAUGAAUUCCACCCGAUGCUGACUUAUCUUCGAUAAGUUAUUGACUAUCCACCGGCCGGCUUAGAUUCUUUUCGCAUCCUUCCACCUUUGUUUCGAACUACUCGGUUUCAUUACGUUCGAUUUUGGUUUUUGUUGUUAUUCGUUUGGAAAUAACCGUGUAUAGAGCUGAAAUGUUAGGGGAGAGUGGCAGAACACUCAGGCCCGACGAGAGGGAGAGGCAGCCGGGACUGUAGUCCUAGGGCCAGGGCUUUAAAGAUCAAAACAGCUAGAUAAUAUAUAGAUAGAUCCUAUAUUUUAUCUAAUUCUAAUCAUUUUUAGUUUAAUUUCAUACAAUUUUACUAUACAACUUCAUCUUUUUAUAACAUUUUUAAUAUAGUUUUUCGUUUUAAAAUCAAAAGUGAAUAAUGGUUUCACGCCCGAAAAUAUGUGUGAAAAAAUUAAGGACGACAUAAAAUUUUAGACAAUAUUAGUCUAAAAAUUAUUUACAUAAAUUAUUUUUUGAAAAAUAAGUAUUUUGUAGAAGAUUUGACGGUGACGUGAAAUUUUUAAAAACCCUGUACCGUGAUACAUAGAUUUUAAUAAUUGUAUGUCCGGGUACGAUAAAAUAUAUAAUAACAUUAAAUCUUAUAUGACAUAAGACUAUAAAACAGUUGUACUAUAAAAAAAAAAAAAAUCAAUGUUUUAUAAAAUGAUUUCUAUGCGUAUAUAGCCAGCUGAACUAUAAACGAAAUAGCAGAAACGCAGUCCCGUUGUUUUCUACACUAUACAACAUAAUACUUGUUUUUUUCUUCUUAUACCGAUAGAUGUACAAAUUUCGAAAAUCUUUUAAAUAGUUAUGUAAUGAAGCUUUUCGUUGUAUAAGUAGGUUUUUAAAAUUAAAAAAAAAAAAGUUUCUUCAUAUAUUGCAAUACGGUAUAUUAUGCAUUUAAUUUGUUGUAUUCGGAAGGCAUUAGGACAUUUCAUUUUUGCUGAAAAUGCAAAUUGUGAACAAAUUUCACAAACAACGCCGAGUUUUUACUUUAAAUUGAUCGGCAAUGCUAUUGUUUUUUUUUUCUUUUUAAGUUAUUUCAUUUUAACAACGAAUCAAUAUAACAUCGCGUUUUUAUAAUUAUUAUUUGAAUCCGUUUGCAAGUUUUAACUGUAUAGUUGCAACUUGAAAAAUUACAAUUAUACCGUUUGUCACAUAAUAUACGUCCCUAUAAAUUAUAAUGCACGACAUUACCUCUUAAAAAUAUCGAUAAAUAUUGUCGUUGUUUUUGUAAAAUAUGCAUAAAAAAGUUCAAGGACAAACAUCACAGUAGUCGUUUGCUGCACACUAUGCAAUUUGGUUUAUAUAAUAAUAUCGAUUUAUUUUAUAAUUAAAUACCUCAAAAAACGAUCGACUUUAUACCGUCAUUUAGGAGCUGACGGCCAACGCAUAUUAAUACAAUAUUGUUAUCUAUGUCUUACAAACGCGCGGUAUAGUGAAUAAUUCGCGUUCGGACAAACCAAUUAGGCGUGCUGUCAGUUAUGUUAUUCAGUUGAACUUACGUAUUGUCCAAUACUCGAAGUUAUACGAUUAUAAUUAUGCGCGUGUGUAAUCUUUCGGUCCGGUUUCUUUCGAUUAUUUGAAUUUCUAAAUGGGAUAGAAGAGCGUUUUUAAAUUUUCAGGUAUUUUAAGUUUCCAUUUCAUGUUGAAAUUGCGAUGUUUCGCACACUCUUCGUCCUUAUCUCGCUUGAAAAUCAUAAUAUCGAGGGAAACAUAGACGUAUACAAACACGGACAAUAUUUUUCCAUUUUUUGGCGAGUUAGUUUCUGGUAAAAAGUUUGCUAUAUUGUAGGCUACAUUUUGUUGCCAAAGCGUUUUGUUUACGCUGCACAGAAUUUUACCAAUGAAGAACCAGUAAGGCAUUGGCAGAAAAUGUUUGACUGAAUUAAGAACCAACGAUAGCGUACUUAAUAAAAUAGAUGAACUCAAAGAAUAAUUAUGAUUAAUAAAAGAAAGAAGAUGGAGAUUAUUGCGACGCACUAUAAGACACAAUAAUUAUAAUAUGUGCGAGUGUAAAUUCCCAAUCGAAAUUACAAAAAUAGUCAAAAUUAUUGAAAGUAACCAUAAUAUUGGUCAAUAUUUCUUUUGGUGGAAACGAGUGUUGGCGAAAAAGGAAGAGGUUAAUUUUGGUAGAUAUUCACGGAAAUAGGGUCGGGAGAUUCGUUUGGCGAAAACGGGAAUAUAGGAAAAAGGGAAAGGUUUUUUUUUUUUGGUAGAAACUGGUCCCGCUAAUUUUGCACAUACUCUCGGCGUAAUAAACCGAUGAAUUUGAGCAUACGAGUUUUAUAUACGUACAUUGAAAACGGAUUUUGACGUCAUAAGGGGAUUGGUGACGGUGUAUAUUUUGAUCGGUUUAAAUCUAAAUGCCAAACGAAAUUGUACAAAUUGUAGGAAUUAUGUUUGACGGAUUUAAAUUUAAAAAAAACGGAUUAUAAUUCUUUAGGUUCAUUAUUAGGAUAUGUUGGAAAUAGAAAUUUAAUUUGUUAAUUGAAAAAUGUUCAAAAAUAUAUUUAAAGUACAUCCCUUUUAGUUAUGAUAAACAAAUUUAAAUUUAAAAAUAAUAAUUCCAACGUAUCAUAGUUUGGAACCUAAUGAUUAGUAAUACGUUUACAAAAUCGAAUUCCGUCAAAUGUGAUUUCUAUACAGUUUGGUCUGGCUUUUUGAUCAUAUUCGCCGGUUAUAACGUCCAUAUCUCUUCUCAUUAAUAUGAUACCAUGCAGUGGAUUCGUGGAAAAGAUUUUAUUAUUAAGGUAGUUGUCGAAGUAUGAAAACUUUUUUUUUUUAAUUUAACAAAAUCUGAGACAAUUUGGAUAAUUCUGUCGAAAAAUACUAAAAUUCCUUUAAAACAAUGCAUAUCAUAAAAUGUAUCGUGUGUCAAUAUAUUUAAUUAAUUUAUAUAUGUAUACUUGGAGAUUAUAAAAUGUCAAAUAUUUCAAAUUUUAAGCGCCAAAUACAAUAUAUUAUUAUGAUUUAAAAUCGUCUUUUGAUAAUAAUAUGUAACGCCGUAUAACGACUAGAAACUUUAUGACAGUACGGAUUAUAAGACGGUAUCGUGUGCACGGCGUAUUUCGUAUAUUAUAUUAUUUUCUUUAGUUUUAUUAAAUCGUACCGGCACAAAAAAAUAAUACUUAAAGACAAUAAUAACAUCUUGAAAAAUCGCAUUCAUUCGAGAAAAACUAAAAAUACUAUUCGGUAAAGUAUUAAUAGGUACUAAAACCGAACUCGUCCGAUUUUCUUUUAUUUGUAUAUUUUAUUGAAUGCGCUUGUUGUUAAAACAUUAUUAUUGUAAAAAUAAAAAACAAACGUUCCGUAAAAUACAGGGUGUCUUCCUUAUGCUAAUGACUGUCAAUAGUCAUUAUUUUUUUUUAAUCGGGUUCCAUGGGUGACGCAUGUGUAGAGAAAGAUGUAAUUUUUAUUUUUAUUUAUUUUUAAAAAAAAUAACUUUAUUCUAUCACUUUUUAAAUAUAUUCUAAGUAUCACAAUUUUAAUUAUAUCAUACAUUCAUAUUUUAUUAUUAGUUUUUUAAUUAUAGUGGAUUUAAUAUAUAGAAAAUAGGUUGAAUACAAUCAAUUUUUUCAAUAAUUAAGUAUUAAGGGAUGAAAAUAAAAAUUAAAUUUUUCUUUACAUAUUUGUCUCCCCUCGGCAAUUAUUAGCAUAAAGAUAUAAAGAGAACACUGUAGGAUACCUGUAUAUUAUACAAUGGUUUCCACAUUUUUAGUGGAAUCGUCUGAAAUUAUUUUUUGCUCGUGCAUUUUUUAAAUUUUGUUUAUAUUAUCGAUACCUACUCUGCACAGAGUAAUAAACACAGCAACAAGUAUAAUUUCCGGAUAUUAUAAUAUUUAUGUAUAAUUCGUUUUUAUUAAUCAUCAUAAAAUAUUAAUUAAUAUUUAAAAAACUAUCUCGUGUUAAAAUUUAAAACUGCAUUAAUAUUAUAGUGCAAAAUAUUGCUGAAUAAAUUGAAUGACCUCAAAAAAAAAAAAAAAAUAAUAAUAAUAAUAAAAUAAAAAAAAAAAAUCAAUGAAUGUCGAUGCGUUACUUUGUACAUUAAUUAUAAUAAUUACAAGAUGUGCACAUCGUAAAGAAAAAAUUAUCCAAGUUUAUACAUUAAAAAGUUACACAUUGUUUUGAUAGAGACUUCAAAUUCCCAUUAUACUUUUUUAUUCAACGCAAUAUUCGGUAAUUUUUAUAGAUUUUAUAGGUUACAGGAAUGCACAUAAUUCUAACGUUUUGUCUUUUUGUGAGUUCGUGUUUUCAUUAGCUUGUUGCUAGCCACGUAAAAUAUAUAUAAUCGGUCGUUUUUGUUUAAAAAACGAUAUAAAAUGACUGUGAAAAUCAGUUUUUAACUACAAAAUCCAGAAAUGAUAUGACGUGUGACGGAAAACACAAAGAAAUAAUUGGACCCGUAAUGAACAAUUUAGAUCAUGUCCCAUGGAUGGUAAACAAAUUAACGGAUAGUAAACAAAAAUACCUCAUUUUAGGAUUUAUCGCAUUGUUGUGCUCUCGUGAUGUGCAGCGACGAUAAUGGAGACUUGUACGAGCGGAAAGAAAAUGUGCUUUGAAAUCUGAUUAAAUAACCAUAUAUAAUUAGUAUAAUAAAAUCGUUUUCGAACAAUUUCAUCUUACUGAUAGGUUUAAUUCGUUCUACACAAAAAUGAAAAACAAACCAUUAUAUAAAAUUGUACAUCAUUAUUAUUAAAAUAUAAAAAACCUUUCGAAUCACUAAAUAAAUUUUUUAAUAUUUUACAUGAUGCGACCGUUCGAGUCAGGAAAAUAGUGCUAAAAAUUAGGCAAGCGAACCAGGAAUCGAAUUCGAGUAUCUCGCUUAUCGAGCGGGUGCUUUACCACUUGUACCUGACUUCUAACAUUACUUCCACUGGACUUAUACCACGUCUAGAAAGGGGAAAUUUUCUGUCAUAGUUUCAAGUCUUUAUGAAUAUUUUCAACUGAAUCACAACAAAAAUUGAAAAUAAUAAAAUCAUUAUUUUCGUACAUUUCCUCAUUCUUUCAACGUUUUUCAGGUUUGCCCAAUUUUAAGAAAAAACGACAGAGACAAUUAAAAAACGACUUUCUUACUUACCAACUAGGUUAAACAUGCAACAAAAAAAAAAUCGUAUGCCGUACAUUUUUUUUUUCAGUUUUCCCGGUUAAUAUAAAAACUUCUAGGGAAAUCAAAAAAUUACCAUUUCAAUGCUUUAGUUAGAUAAAAUUUCCUUUUAAAAAGAUGCUACUUUUGAAACGUCGGAACAAGAUUUCUGAUAGAGAAGUUACUUACAUUGGACACAAAAAAAAAAUAAAAAUACAAAAACACACAUUUUAGUAAACCCGGCUACGCUUCGAAUCUAAAAAUAAUACAUACCAUAAACACAUGCAACUAAAUAAAAUCGAACGUAUCAAUCAUUAAGGCAUUGCAGUAUUUUAUAGCCGACGUUUAUUGUUAAACACGCGAUAUUGCGCAACAAUUCGCAAUGCAUGAAGUCCGGAUUUAUAUAAUUUGUAAUAUAAGUAACAAGUGAAAUUGACGACUCAUACUGACGCACAAUUUGUUCGUUUAUUCCGCGACCAAAAUCCAAUGUUAGAAUAAAUAGGAUAUAAUAUUUUAGGUACAUACUUACAUAUUAUACGUUUUUCUUCGAUUAUAAUAUUUUAUCAGUGUUAUAAAAAUGUUUUUACGAAUACCUACUUAACAUCAAAACAAUGAUUAGCAAAACGCAAUUAUCAGCAAGAACUAGCAGUAAUAGUAAUUCAGUGGUAGGUUUGUUGCGUUGGGAGUGUAAGGUGAGUAUUGAUUUUGACGUUAUUUCGACCAAUUUCUUAAUAAAUUGCUCUUGUAAAACUUUUUAUUGGCUCGUUCGUAAGCUAAAGUUUAACAUCAAUAAAAUAUAGGUAUGUCGUAGGAAAACCAUGCAUUAAAACUCGGGGUAUAGUAAUAUUAUUAUUAAACAUUUCGUUUAGAAAAUUUCCCCGCCGAUAUAAAAAAAUACCAGGUGGGUAUGUUAUUAUACUUAUCAUAAAAAUAUAACACGAACGUUUUUUUUUUUCUGAAUAAAAUAUGUAUGUCUAGAAUAAUAUAUUUAAAACACAUUUUAUAUACAAAAUUAUACAAAACUUUCUACCCGUACCGUUCCUAUAUUAUACGUAUUAAUAAUAUGUAAACGACAGUUUUUAAAAACGAAUUUUAUUCGCUUGGAAUACUACAAUUCGCAGAGUAAUAUAAUAUAUACAUAUAUACAUUUUUUUUAUCGCGAUUCGUGCAACGAUAACAUAAAAACCAUAAUAAAAUAAUUAAACAAAGUCGAUACGAUUUUAUUUUAUUUUUUCACUAUAAUUAAUUAUUUCGAAUCGUUAAUUGUCACCACAUAUUUAUAAAUUCUACAGUGGCGGUUAUAAUAAUUGGAAUUUAAGAGAAUAGUGGGGGUUGAAGUAGUUUAAUUUUAAAAAUUACUACCCCCAAAAAACUAAAUAAACGUACAAAAAGCCAUAUUAUUUAUGAGAGAAUAAAAAUAAAAUAAAUUGAUUACCUGUAAUGAAAUACUUAAUCCCUAUUUCGUACUAUACUUAAUAAAUAAAUAAUAAUCUCUUGCUGUCCGGUAUCACAAAAUUAUAUUACAAACCUGAAGACAAAAAUAUAUUCAAGUCUUUAUUUUUGAUUUUUCCUUAUUUUACAUAAGUAAAAAAUAAAUAAAAAAUUGUAAAAAGCUACGGAUAAAGGGCCCCACCCAUCCUUGGGCAUAUUAACCUGAACUUGACGGGUAAUAUAUAGUUGGAAAUACAAUUUAUCGUAUCAAAUUUUUGUAUAAAAGUUUAUUCGAAAAAAAAAAUAGUAUGACGUAUAGAGUCAUUUCAUUUAUAUCUGAAUACAAUGAUUAACACAAAACCCGACCGAACAAAAAUGUAAAAAAAUGAAUAUUGACAGUUUUUAGCAUUCAAAUAAAACUGUAGGACACCGUGUGUAUUCAAAAAAAGAACUAAUAUUUCUAAUGGGUGAACUACUUUUGUAGGCUGAAAGUUAGGUAGGUAGAAUACAUACAGUUAUUUAUUUCACAUCUGUACACACUAUAUAUUAAGAAGGAGUAGUGAUAGAAGGGUAAAGAUCCCCAGGAAGACUUCUUUAUUCGUUUAUGAGGUAUACAAAACUCGGAUGCAAUAUAAAAUAGAGCUAAAACAAAAUGGUGAAUGACUUUUUAGUAUAGAGAGAGACGCUGUAAACAAACUAAUGGGAUAAAAGAAAAAAAAUAUGUAUAGUUGUAUAAUAUACAAUUAUUUUAUUAAUAUAUAAUAUAUACAUUGUAUAUAGUAUAUAAUAUAUUUUACUGAAUUUGUAUACAAAUUGUUACACGGUGUUUUCUUUUAUUUAACAAAAAUAAAGAUAUCCCCGUAAAAAAAUCCGACAGUCUAGCUGUUCGAACGUUACGAGGUUUCCUUAGAGUUUUUUUCGUUGGUUAUAAUAAUAUAUCGUUUUUACCUUCGCUACUUUUAUCCUCUAUGCUAGACGUGAAACUGUAUGAUAACCUCUCCACGUAAGGAAAAACCGAAUAAAUUAUUCAUAUUGUAUAAUAUUAAAAUAUAAAUGUUCAUCAAUAUAUUUGGUGGCGAACUGGUCGUAGAAAUUUCCCAGUGAACCUAAUGUGGCCACUUGAAAAAACAAAUUACCAUAGUGUAGAUGUCUGUAUGUAGUAAAAGUACUUAUAAAGUUUUUUUUUUUUUUGAUUAUGAUCUACAAGAAGAAGAAAAGUGUAUGCAUCGAUAAUGUAUUUUUAUAUGAAAUACUAAUCACAAAAAAGGAAUCAAAUUCUAUAGAAGGCACACAAAACUGGAACAUACCCUGAAUUUGUUCUCUUUUUGCACUAAGAACUAACUUUAGCGGCUGAUAUUUUCAUAAAGGUUCGAUGCGAACUAGCCCUAUUAUUACACAAAACAUGUAUUCAAGGUAACUAAAUUUAGUUAAAAAGUGGACAUGUUCCCUACCCGCAAUUAAUGAUUUAUGUGCAUUAUUUAAAUUAACGAAACAACCUGUGAAUACAAAAUUUAUUUAAACAAAAUAUAUAGGUAAUGCACAUCAUAUUUUAUCAAACAUUAACCGAGAUAAAAGUUAUAAACAAGUUUAAAUUAGAAGGUUUUACGAGAAAAGGCUUAAGUUAAUAUCCAAGAAAACAAAAAUUUGAUAACUGUUUGGUUUUUAUUUUAUUUUAGGAUUGUGCUUUUAUAUAUUAUUAUUAUUUAUUAACGCCUAGGCAGGCAAUUUGUACACAUUUGUAUUAGCCGUUUUAAUUUACUUGAGACAUUUGGCAUUUAAUUUUUAUAAGAUUUACGCUUUUCCUCAUUCCGACUUAACUUCUUUUAUGUAUUAUGUGACCUAAGUUAUUAGAUACCAUCAAAUCCGGUUUAACCUUUUUUCUCCGACGACGUGACUCACAGCGGUCUGAAAUAAAUAUUUAGCUUACAAGAAUAAAUAAAAUUGUGUCCAAAAUAUAGAACUUUUUCAAAAAAUUAAAUGCUAAAAACAAUAAUUCCCAACGCAUUUCCGGUUUUUUUUUUUUGUAGGUACAUGACUCAGCAAUCAAAAUUGUACAUACAAAUAAAUGCAUAUAUAAUAUAUUAUAUUGUAUGUUAUGAAUAAAUUUGUGUGCACACGCGACUGAAAUAGCCAAUAUUAUUCACGAACGAAUAUUACGACACCGCCACGGUCUUAAUUUUGUUUAUUUAAAAUGCCACACAGACGGUACCUAUAAAAUAAUAAAAUAUUUAAAUAUUAUGAGGUUAUAUUAGGUACAGUUUUUAUGUGAAAUAUGUUGGCCUGUGUAAAUGAGUAUGAGGAACAGGACUGAGAGAGUAGCUUUUUUUUUUUACUUAAAUAUUUAGCAAUAUGUAUGCUAUUUUCUACUUAGAUGACCCGCGUUUUAAACAUUUUAAACAUCUUAAUUCCAUAUUGUCUCGUAUCUUUUCAAAAUAUCGCGGUAGAUGGCGAUUCGAACGGUGCAAUUAUUUAUUUAAACUUUUAAAAUUACAGACCAAACUCGAUAUUGUAUAUAAUAAUAUAUACCUAUAGACAGUUAAUAUCAACAUGUAUCUAAGAAUAUACAAAGAUAAACGUAUCUAAACAAUUUCGAGACAUUUGUUCGUGUGCGUAUAACAUUUUUCCUAUGGACGGCCAUAUAAAGAUUUAUUACCACUUUGCUGAGAUGAAAUGGAUUUUUAGAAAAAGAUUACUUAUUUAUACGACUGACUUUUUGUUUCUGAUUUUCCUCUCUUGUCGUGUACGCGACCUCUCUUGAGAUCAGAUUCCUAAAUUAGAAUUCAGAUCUUUGAAGUUUCAUCCAAAAGAAUAAAUUGAAGUUAGAGUUGAUUUUUACUAUGUUUAUAUUAACUUGCUCUCGAAAAGGCGAAGUAGUUUUUAAAACUUGUGAUCGAUUUUCGACCCAUUUCCCACGGUUCGAUCAACUUGAAAUUUUCCAUACGCCAAUAUUUUCGAUGAAAAUACAAAAAUCAGAUUUUUCGUAUUUAAUUUAAUAUCAUAUUUUUAUGUUAAAUAUUUCAAGUUUUUAUUACACAUUAUGGCAAAAAUAAUAAAACAAACAUUUAAAUAAUAUUUUCAUUUUUUUAUUGCCUUAAAAUCCACUUUGUAGGUAUCAUCUUAUCAUCUGUACUCUUAUUCGUUUUCGAUGUGAUCAUGGAAUAUGGUAUGUAAAUCAUCACUUCCCAUUAUUAUUUACUUUUUAUUUCGUUUAAUAAACAUAGUUCACAAAAUCAAUUUUUUUUAUUAGCGAACCAAUGGAAGUUAUUGUCUAUAGGUUUUUGCUCUAAUUCAGUUUUGAUAAAUGAAAAUAUGUGUCCGACGCGAUAACAUUUCCUCGUAAAAUUAUUACUUGCCCCCGGUACGUGAAGUAUUAUACCUAAACUUAAAUGUUCGAGCCGUUUGUAUGAAUAAUUCACCAUUCGGUUUAAAAAGUAAUAAUACGAUUUUACUUCUGGGAUUUGUAAUAUGUAUACGAUGGGAGGGGAGAAGAAUACUUCGGACGCGAGUGUAGGUACUUACACAUUAAUAUUUAAAAAACAGGAACUAAUACUGGGGAUGGAAGUGACCGCUGUUGUAGGUGAAAAUUUGGGAUUUUAGGAUACAUUAGGUUAAUUUAUUUAUAUCUGUAAGCAAUAAUAAACCUUUGCUGACGAAAGAUUCCGAGUUCAUUUCGGUAAUACAUAAUUUUUGCAAUUUUUGUUUAAAUUUGAUUUCAAAACGCUCAUUAAAAAAAAAGAAGUCAUCCGAUGAUUUUUGAAAUUUUACCACGUCUAGGUAAAUUUAAUAUAAGUAUUUUUACUAAGUUUCAAGUCUUUACGUGUAUUUACAACCGAAUUAUAGCAAAAAACUCUCAAAAAUUAAAAUUCCUUAAAAACUCAAAAGUGGCUCAAAAGUUUUGGCCAUGGCCAUUUUCACGUAUGAAAGUAAAUCACAAAGGUGACAAAAAAGUUAUCUUGUGAUUUUUUGAUUAAAUCAUUUUUCUGGUAGAAAACACAUCGUCCGUGUUUUUAUAAAAUAAUGAAAUCAUGAAAUUUUAAGUUUUCCUAUGUUUUUUCCCACUUAAGUACUUUUAUUUAAAAAAAGGCGUCGAAAAUUUAAAAAUGACCUCUCUAAAGUAUUAUAUCAAGACAACUUAAGCUUUCAGAAAAGUUGCUACAUGUAAAAAUCAAAGUAAGUUUACUAGAAAAAAACGUGUCCACAGACUAGAACAAAGAAGAAAAAAAUAAACAAUAUUUUAAAACCAAUAGCUCCCUCGCUAUGCUCAGAAUCUAAAAAUAGUGUAUAUGUGGUGUAGAAUGUCUAUAUAUUAUUUAAAGUAAAUUAUUACUAUAUAUAGCUGGGCUGGAAAAAGAUUUCGCUAAAUAAACCUAGUACGCGGUCUAUAAAAAAAAAGUAAAGUGUCAAAACAAUACCAACGAGAAUAUAUACCCAGUACCCACCUUUCUGACCAACUUUCUUCUUCCCAAAAAAAAUGUCUACCAUAUAAUUUAAAAGCGAAUUCGUUGUAGUAAAAUAUCGUCGUAGCAUAUUAUAAUAUUAUAUCUGCUGCAGCAGCUAAACAAACAUUAGAACACUUUUUUUUUUGUAAAACUUUUACUUUGCGUAUUAUAAUAUAGGUAGCUUGAUAAAAAAAAAAAAUAAAAAAAAAAUCUUUACAGAAGUUGCACUUUUUAUAUUUUUCCCCCCCCGAUAUUUACAAUGCGGAUGAAUAAAACCUAAGUAGAUAUACAAAAAAACUGUUGAAUAAUAUCCGAGCAACUUUUUUCUCUACGAAUAAUUGUAUUUAACGAUAUUACAAUUUGUGCUGAUUUAGAUUUGCACAGCUACGAGUUAUAAUAAUAUGCGUUCACAUACUAAUUUAAAGAAAUUCCACAAGAUUACCGACAUCUUAUCGCAAAUAAUUCUUUGGUCCCGGAGAAGAAAGAUUUAAGUUAAGAUUUUUUUUUUUUUUUUUUUUUAAUAAUAGUUUUUCCUUUAUUUUUGUUCUAAAUAGCAUAAGUAAAUAUAUAUUCUAUCACAUGUUUUACUAAAAAUAUCUGUCACUGUGAUGUACAUUUUGUUUAGCACUGAAUAAUGACCUAAAAUUUAAAACGCCAUUUAAUUUAGGACAUUUAGCUAUUGUUUCGUAAUUAUGCUAAACAUUUUCAAAAUUUAAUUUGCCUACAUUGAAAACUAUAUAUAUAUAUAUAUAUAUAUAUAAUUGGCUUUAGCCAAUAUUCCCUGAAACCAAAGAAUUAUUAAUUCAUAAAUCGAUUACAUGAUAAAAUGAUAAAAACAUAAAAUAGGUAAAGCAGCCAAAAAAGGGUUUCUUUUAAAGAAAGGACCAAAAAGAUGACAAAUUUAGAUACUAAAGAGAGUUUUUAAUUAAUUCCUUGGUAUGAAACAUGAAAUCAAUAUGAAACAUCAUCAUAGGAUUUCAAAAUAAAAGUACAAAUACGCUUUACAUAAUUCGACACUGCCUUCUACUUUUUGCGGUUUUAUACUUUCCUUGGCCAAUUCACUACACCUAAUUUCCGUAGUUCUUGUUUUACGCUAUACAUUCAUUUAUCUAUCGCUUUGUUGAACGUCCUAUAGGUCUCUUCUCAUGGUUAGUCUCCACUUAAUAGUCAUCUUAAGUUCAUUUUUUUCCGGUCGUCUCGUCAUACGGUUUAAACCGUUAAAAAUUAUUGAAAUUAUUUGAUGCAUGCUGUGGUCAAUAAUAUAUAAAAAUGCCAGUUGUAUUAUAAAGGGUAUUUAAAAAAAUUAUUUUUAAGAAUUUCUUGAAAGUAAAAUUACUGAAAUUGAACAACAUCAGUAGGUACAUAACAAACUCGUCUGGCAGUAUUAUGAACUCGUGAUAUUCACGUAAAUUAUUAGUUAUUUAUUAUUGCUCCUUGAAUAAACGGAAUAAUAUUAUGUUUUAUUACGAAAAACAAAAAAAAAAAACCGUACAGUACGGUUUUUUUUAUUUAUGUAUUUCUUUUUCAUGCCGUUCACUUUGAUUAGGUGUACGCGCAACCGGAAAAGAAAAGGUCAAUCGUAAAUUCGCAAAUAUUAUUUGCGGUACCUAUACCAUAUAAUGAAAUUUAAAACGGUGUGUUCGUAGCAGAUGUAAUUCGUCCCGGGUUCUAAAUAUUAUCUGCGUGUAGUUUUAUGUUUUAUAUAUUUAACCUGUAUUUCUAUUUUAUCAUUAUUAUUAUAAAUAUGCAUAGUGUGAAUAUUUAUCACGAACCGUCUGAAAACUGUAACGGUUUUAAAAGAAUUGGGAAUUUGCCGUUCUCUACGCGAGUACGCUCUAUUUGCGAAAUUCGUUUUAAAAACACGCUAUUAUUAAAUAUUAAUUUUUCAUUUCAAACAAGAAAGGUUUUAUUUUGCACACCGAACGCUCUUUUUCGAGGAAAUACUCGAUGUUUUUCAAAAUGCCCAUAUAGAAAAUGUACUUAUACGAGUACGUAAGUAAACAAUUAUAUUGAACUCGAACAGCACUUAGGAGAGGUUGUUUUUGAAAUAUAUUCCCGUUUGAUACAUUAAUAAUAAAAUUAAAAUAAUGUGAAAAACUCAUAACAUCACGUUAAAAGAAACGUAGACAAGUAAUAUUAUCCAUUCCUUUUUUUAAUACUUUAAAUGCUAAAAGAGUGUGUUUAUUUGUUUGUUUGUCCUUUUUUUUACCUCACAAUAAAGCGACCAAAUGACGUAAUGUUUAACAUAGAGAUAGUUUGAGGACUGUAAAAUAUAAGUCAAAACGUCUGAGUUUCGCGGAAAACCUAUCCCGUCUUUAAAUUAAAUAAAUAUGUAUCUUCUAGGUGUUUUAACUUAGGAUGACCUUUUACUGCAUCAGCAGAUAGAGCUUGAUGAGGACUGAUAUCAACAUCUAUCCUAAUAAUAUUAAGUAAUUUUGAAAAUGUGACUCUUUAAGGGGUGUCAAUGUAAGUAUGAAAAAAUAACUUAAUAUUAUGAUAAAACUAUAUAAUCACAGACUUACACUAGUAAAUAACGAAAAAUUUUGUUUUUUAUAUAUGGAUGUAAAACUGAAUAAUAGUUACAUAAGACUUUAGGGGAAUGUACAUUCAUAUUUUAUCUCAAUUGUACUUAUUUAUCUUUCAUAUAUGUCGUUGAGAAGGCGUUAUAAAAGUUUACGUGGAUGAAUAUUAUGUAAGCAAGUUUAAGUUUUAAUAUUCAAAGCUACACUUAGAAUAAUAUAUUCAUAUAACAUUUGGUACGAUUCCAAACGGAUGUAACCCGUUAAAAAUAUAUUUUAACAUUUACAAAAAAAAAUCUUUACGAAAUUUAAAAACCCGAGGUUAUGAAAAGUACCUACCUACCUAUUAAUUAAUAUUAUUAUCAUCAUAAAAAUAGUCAUAAAUUAUUAUACUAAAAAAUAUGCUUAGCCAGAGAUAAAUAUGGUAAUUUAUUUAUACAAUAUAUAUAUAAAUUGUCUAAAUAACAAUGUGGUAAUUUUUUUAUAAUACUUUACAUAAUUUCAUAAUUUUGUCUGGGUAGAGAUACUUUACGGCAUAUGAUAAAUUAUUGUUUUUUUUUUUUUGUAUCAAGGCGGUUAAGUAUAGAGAAAUAAUGUGGCGGUCACAGAUAAUAAUAAUAAAAAAAAUAACCCGAAACUUACGCGAUAAAUGCGGUAUAAUAUAAUGACUCGUAUGGUGGUUUUUCACUUAUAAAAAAAACCGUAUUUUUAAUUAUUUCUUUGGUAUUGUACGUUCAUACUACGGAUAUAUUACUACAUACGGAUACAUACUAUCUAUAUUAUAUUAUUUUAAUGAUAAAAAUUAUUUACUUAGUAAUUUUGGUCUUCGAUAUUUUUUUUAUAUAUAUAAUUAUGGUAUUUUAAUUAGACAUAUAGCAAAUUUGUGAUAGAAAGCAAAAAUCAAAAUAUUUUAAAAUAAUAAAAUCGUAAACGCCUUAAAUAUUUAUUUGUUUUUCUAACCUGUUGUUUUUCGGGUUUUCCUAAUUAUGAUGAAAACUGCUUGAAAAAUCAAAAAAAUUAUGCAACAUAAAAGUCUCUUUGUCAUUUAUUGAUUAAAGCAAAAUUUCUGGUAAAAAUGUGGUUUACAGACACUCAAAAAGAAUUGAAAAAAGAAAGUAAACAUCAUAAUAAAACCAAUUAAUAUUCCUCGCUACAUUCAGAAUAUAAAAAAUUAAUAUUCUUGCACACAAUUAAAACAUUCACCGGUUUUCGCUGGACCGUGGCAUUUUCCCUCAGCUUGGAAAAAGUGUAUAAUAAAAUUCCGAAAAAAUAAUAAGAACAUAAUCGAUAUUAAUACUCGAAAUGAAAAUUAUAAUUACUAUUGUAUAUUCUUCGUGUACAUUUAAAAAUAAUACACUUUUUUCAUACUUUGUACCGAAUCUCUUCAACGUGGCUGAAACUUCAGAAUUUUUGUGUUUUAAACCACAGUCACUUCUAAUAAUUUUACAAAAUUAUCUGUUUAAGGGUUACCUAUUCUCAAUAAACAUUUGUUUUUUUUUUUUUUUUUGCAUCAGAUUUGUAUUUUAAAAAAUAGAUACAGGUUAUUAUUCGUAUUUGAAAUAAUCAGCUUUAAAAAUAAUCCAAUUCAAAUAUCCAAUUAUUGUUGUCAAAUCGAAAAUUAUACUACAUGCAGUAUUUAUUUAGUUAUGAUCGUUCAGAUUACUUUUUAGAGAAUUUAAUUGUGUUUUGUUCAAUAACAAUAAUGCCGAAUAGUAAGGGGAUGUUGAAAAAACGAUCACACUAUCUAAUAAUAACAGUACCUACAAUGAAUUUUUAUCGAAACACAAUGCUUUAUUUUUUCUGUAACAGUUUAAUAAAAUCGUGUUGUUUUAUUUUAAACUGUAUUACAGGAUACCUUCCCUUUUUGUGAUAAAUUUUCUCCAUCAACAUUUGAUUUCUAAAGUUCUACGAUUUCGGAAAAUGAAAGAUAAUGAUAACGGUGUAUUUAGUGGAAUUUGAAUCCCUAUUCUAGAACAUUUAAUUUUUUUUUGUUCUUGAAAGAAAAAUUUUUCAACCAUUUACGAAUAUCAUUCCGUAAGUAAAUAGAUGGGUACACGUUGCGUAUUAGCCAAUGACUUGUUUUUUGUGAAUAGGGGGAUGCAUUAACAUAAUGUAGACAAGUAAAUUCACCUAAAUCAUACCAUGUCCAACAAUUUUAUUAUUAGAAGUUGUGCGUCUACAAACGAGGAUCGGGUGGAUCUUCCAAUCCCCACAUCCCCAUAAAUACACCAUUGAAAAUACAGAUAUUCUCAUACUAUGUUUAACAAUUUUAUAAUUAGAAGUUGUGCGCCUAUAAAAGAGGAUUGGGUGGUUCUUCCAAUCCCCUCAUCACCGUAAAUACACCAUUGAAAAUACAGAUAUUCUCACAAAGAUAUCUAAGAUACCCAUUGCAAUAUCUUCUGAAAUAAUAAAGAUAAUCAAAUCCUGUUUUUUUUUAUAUAUAUAUAUAUAUUACUGGCAGGGAUAAGGAUUACAAAUACAUAAAUUUGAAUUAGAAAUUAUCUUUUUAUUUUAUUAUUUUUGAAGAAUUUGAAGAUAACCAUCUAUUAGAAUUUGUUCACCUAAAAAUUUGGACGUUUUAUAUUUUUAUUUUCAUUUAAUUCGAGAUUUUUAAUAAUUAUUUAAAGUUCAUAGAAAAGUACCUAUAAUAAUACAGCAGGCUGUAAUUGCAUUCAUUAAUUGAUUAUUAUUAUGGCUAAAAUUUAAAAAAAAAUUUAAUAAAAGUUGGUAUGUCAACAUUUCUAGAAGAACAAAUUCAAUAAAAUGUCUAUUUUCAAAUUUUUCAAAAAUAAUAAAAUAAAGUUAUUCUUUAUGUUUUUAUUUAAACAUAAAAAAUUAAUUAAAUAAAUAAAUGUAAAUCAAAUAAAUCAUAUUAUUUCAAUCUUUAUAUAAUCGACGAACAGAUAAAUAUGUCUAAUAGGCAAGUAUCUCGUUACAAUAACACUGAUGAUAUGCCAGAAAAACGUUUUUUGAUUUGUGUAAAAUAUCAAAUGCUAGACAGUCACUAUAAUAUAAAUAAAUAUAAUGCAAAGUACAAAAAUUUAAAGUUGAAUAUUAUGUAUUACUUUUUUGAUAAUUUUUAUUCAGUUAGAAAAAGCCCACUACUUCAAUCAAAAAAAAAAAUAUUCUGACAUUUGAGCAUGGAAAAGAUAGACAGGUAAAGGUUGAAAGUUAAAACUACUAACGCCAUGGUGCAUAUAUAAAAUUUAUUUCCGCUAAUUUCAUUUGGUAGUCUGUAGUGAUGUUGGAAGCUAAAAAUAAAAUUCUCCACCUGCACGGUAGAAUUUAUAUUGAUAUUCAACCCGACUUUUAUUACUUUAAUUCGUUUAUAAAAUAAACCUUAAUUCUUAUAAGUUUGUGCUCAUUUGGUCCAGAGGGAGCCGUUAAAAGUGUAAAAAAGUAGUGGAAAAAAGAUACAAAUAAAAUACUGGAUAUUUUAGACUGCAAAAGUCGCUAUUUUCGGGGAAAAUUCUACAAAAAAAAAAAAAAAAAACAUUAUAAAACACAGCUUGGCUAUUUCUUUUAAUAAAUAAUUUUGACAAUUUCAACUUUUUAUUUACGUGUAUAUCACAUAAAAACCCGUGUUAAGCCUGUAAAGUAUAAAUAUUAGAGUUUACAAUACAUUUGUAAUGAUAGUUGGGUUGUUAAGAGUGAUUUUUAAAAAUAAACUUUUAACUUAUCUUAAAUCUUAAGUCAUUACUAUCGUGAAAAUUUGAACUUACUAACUUGGUUACCAACAAAUGAUAGUCAUUUUUUAGAAUAACACUACUUAAACAAGUUUGAAAAAUUGGUUAACUAGCCCAGCUUUGAAUAUAUCGUGUGAAAGUUUACUUUUGCAGUGCGAAUUCUAUAAUAUGAUGCGUGAGCAAUUGUAAUCCCGCGGAGUGAUUACUUAUAAAAAUAUAGGUACUUUUUUAUUAUUAUUAUUAUUGUCAUUACGUUCGUGCGUUUCGCGAGUUUUAAUUCAAACAAACUUCAGCAAAAAAAGUAAAUAUAACUGUUUAUUAUUUUUUAGUUCAGAAUUUACAAAAAAAAUGUAAACAAUCUAUUAUGCAGUUUCUUAUUCAAAAAAAUACUAUUACAACAGCGUGACGAUAAAAAUUACCACCAGGUUUGAUUUAUUUAACGCUGUAAAUAGAACGAUUUAAAAAUUUAUUUUAAUUUAAAAAAAAAUACUGUGAAGUGCAAGGAUACUAUAUGUAUAAAAAAAAUAACACUAUACUCGUGAAUCAACUGGCUAAAUUUUUAAUACUUCGCUCGAAAUAAUAAAUACAAAUAGUUUUUUUUCUCUCGGAAAACAUUUUGUUCAGUUAAUAAAAAGAAACAGAUUUUUUAUACUGUAAUUUACAAGAUUCGGAAUUUUUUAUAUUUCGAACAAUUUUUUUACAAAAUUAAAAAAAACUAAUGGCGAAUUUAAUGAUGUUACACCGGUUUUACUUUGGUGGAACUCUUACAGUUAUAAUAUAUUAUUAUGUGCUCAAGAUCUAAAACGUGACUAAUACUAUAACCUUAUCAGUCAACCGAGUUCCACUAACAAUCAGUUUUUGAUUGCAAUUAAUUAGGUUUGUUUGGAGUACGUAUGAAAGCUAAUAUCAAAUCAUUCCAGUCCGUAUGAUUUAUACCAACGUUCCUAACUUUCGACAUAAAACAGUGACCUACUAAUAAUGCAAAGAAUGUCAGGUUUUUAAAAUUUUUUUUUAUAACUGGGUAAUCUAAUUUAUAAUAAUAUUCAUAUUUUCGAAUAAAACCGAAACUCAAAUAGCAUAAUGAUCAUAUAUUUUCGUUAAUAAUUCUUUAUUAGUAAACUUUAUUAUUUUUAAUUUCGUACGAAACGAGGGACCUAUAAUUUUUAAAAUAACGGUGUUUUUUUUAAAACAUUUAUUACUAGUAAACGUGUUUUACAAAAACCCUUGUUUACGCCGUCGGGAAGCUGGUAUUUCUAUAGUUCUAUGACAUGAACCACCGACAACAAAAUAAGGAUAACAAUAAGCGUAUCCAAGGGGUAAGAAGGAUUAAUAAAUUGAUUAGUCCCCUUUGGGUAUAUUUGUUUAUAAUCAAUAAUUUUAUGUUCGAACUCUGUUCCGAAUCGUUUAUCGAUAUACUAUAAUAUACAUUUUUUUUAUCAUCUUCAAUAAAUCAGACAUUAUUCUUUUAUACCCAAAAACGAGUUUCGUAUCUUUCGAACAGGAAUAUAAAUUGAUUUGUAAUAGUAUUUUAUUGACCGAUUUGUAUAUGUAUAAAAAAAAAUAAAACCUUUUCAAAUCGGUAGGUACCCAUUGUAUAAUUAUUAUCAUGUCAAGCGUUUUGCGGUCAUUUUUGAUUAGUUUUCCGUUUUCGCCACAUGAUAAUGAAAUUAUAGUUUUCGCGGCACUACUCGAUUUUCACCGAUAAACAAACAAUAAUUUGUUUUUAUAAUUUGCCUAAAAUCCGUUUGCUCGUAACAUUAGUAGGCGAUGAACGAAAAUAGAUUCGUGCGAUAUGUUCGUAAAUAUUAUAGGUAUACAGGGUGGCAUUAAGUGGCUACCUUCACUAGAUAUUUCGAAAAGUGUUAACUUUUUUCAAACAUUUUUUUUUACAGUUUAAGAAACAAGCAGCUCCAAAAUUUUACAUAAAUAUCGUUUUUGUCACUCUUAUUUUUAAGGUUCAAACGACUACUUAUUUUUGAUACUCAAAUGGUAAUACAUAUUAAACUUAAAAGUGGAAUAUCUCAUUAAUUGUCCGAUGGAAAUCAAAAACAUAAUUAAUACUUCAUCUAUUAAUAGAAUUAUUAUUAUAGAAGUUGCUAUUUGAAAACCAAAAUUUGUUCACUAGUUCCCACCAAAAAUAAGGGUGAGGAACAUAUAACAUAUUAUAGCUGCUUGUUUCUUAAAUUAUUAUUUAAAAAAAAAUUAUGUUUGAAAAAAGUCAAAACAUUUCGAAAUUUCGAGUGUAAUAAUUUAAUAAAUGGAUCACCUGUGUGUAGAUAUAUAGAUAUAUGUAAUAAAAGUUUUGACUUGUAACGGUUUAUUCGAUUUAAAGGAACUUACGAAAAAUUCGAGAGCCGUUCUGAUGGGUUUAAGCCGCCGGAUUUGCUUUGCACAAUCGUUUUUUUAACACGUAAUAUUUUACGAAAAACGCGUAUAAUUUUAAUGGCCUUGUAAAAAUUGAAAUCACUUUACUUUUUUUAUAUAUUGUUUGUAUACAUGUGUUAAUAUAUUAAAAACUGUCGAAAUUCCUCUGAUAUUAUACCUAAAAAAUUUAAUUAUAAAUUGAUAAUUAUUUAGCAAUAAUUAUCUGACCAAUCAAUUCAAUUUCAGUAUCCUGUACUUUGUUUUAUUAUUUAUAAGUCUCGACUAGUCAAAACAUCGACAACUCGAGAUAUCGAAGUUUAUACAAUUAAACGGCAUUGUUAUUGUUCUAAAUUCAAUAUAUAAAUAUAUAUCAACAUUUUUUUUAAAAAAAAAUUAAAUACAGUAAAACGUUGUACUUUUUUUUCUAUUUCGAACCUCACUUCGAAAACAGAACUUGGAAAUAACGAAUAUGAAUGCACUAUUUCAUUUAUCAAAUCGUUGGUAUACUGAAUCGCUCUAUCUGACGGUCUAUUCGAAAGGAAAAUACACGAACAUUUCUAAAGGCACGUCAGAUAUAUCAGUUCGACAAAAAAGAAAAAAAAACAUAAAAUUGUAAUUUUAUUCGCACGUGUACGCAUACAAAAUGCGAAAACCGUGUGCAAAACGUACUCGACAGAGAUCAAAAGGAUACAAACGCGCGUACCAACAUUAUAUUAUCAUUUUGAACGUACACAAUAUAUUUGUGCGAAUAAUCUACCGUCGUCGUCGAGGACCUCUAGCGUAAAAUUCUUUCCCGGUUUGAUAUAUUAUUUAUCGAGUAAAUGAGAAAGGAGAAAAAAAACGUUUUCCCUAAAAAAACGGACCCACAAGGAUGUUGCGCGCCGCCAUAGGUGUCGUUCCCGUUUUAGUUUCUAAUAUUUUAUCGCUUGCCUUCGGUACAUUUAUCGGCCGUGCUGAACGUGAACCCACUGGAUAAUCUCCACGCGUAAAGGAAAACUGAAUAAAUUGUUUGCAUUGUAAUAUAAUACAAGUUUUCGGCGAAUAUAUAGAACAAUAUGGAAUAUAGAUAUUCAGCGGUUAACUGGCCAGGAAAUUUCCCGGUGGACCUUAUGCGCUGCCAUUUGAAAAACAUUACGCUAUAGUUUAUUUUGUAGUAUAAACUUACAACGUUUUCCUUUUUUUUUUUUUUUCUCUCCAAAAAAAGACUGUUCUACCUAUGAGUUCAAAAAUUCUGUCGGAUUAUCAGAAUUACCAACAUUUCAGCUGAAUUUUGCUGAGUGUAAAUGAGGUUUUGCCGUGAUUAUACUACGGUUGAACUUUAAACGAUCGAGUAAUUCGGCUUUUAUGCCUUUGAUUACAUUAUAGUUGAUCUCGCUCAUUUUAUUCACAACUUGUAUUAACAGUUAAUAAACUUUAAAAAAUCAAGAAUUGAAUUGUGUCGAAUAACGAAUGUUGCCAAGUUUAUAGUGUAAAUGUUCGAUUGAAUUGACAUUUUUGCAUUCGAUACAAUUUUAGUUGAUCUCAAUUAGUAGUUUGUGUGAAAUUCCAUACCUAAUGAUUCCACAUUAUCUUUGAAUUUAUUUACCAAAUCGCUGAUUUUCGAUUCAUAUAUAUAUGAUUUAUUUACAGCGAAGGGAAUAGUUCAAAAAUUAAAAUUCACAUUACGAAAUUCGUUACCAUAUGGAGUAGGGCCUAAAAUACAUCUGAUAUCAGGAGAUAUACUUUUGAAUUCUAUUGUUGAUAGAGUUGAUAGAUUUCCACAACCAAAAAAAAACCUGCGGGGGACGCAGCUCUUUAUACAUUACCUCAUAAAUUUAUAUUAUUUAUAAAAAGUGUGAUUAAUAAAAGUAACAAAAAAUAAAUGUAAGUAAAAAUUUGAAAAAAAUUCACUUAUGAAAAAAUAAUUUUAAUUGAAUAAAAUGUAUUGAUUAGAGUAAGACCAUUAAUUGAUUAUUUGUUAUUAGCUUUACUGUUAUUUCUACAAUUUAACUAAUAUACACGUCAUAAAACUUGAUACGCAAAUUUGUAAUUCAGGGGACACACUAUUUUAGGUACUAGUAUAGAUGGAAAGAUCAUAUACGGUAUAGAAUAAAAACACAAACAAAUUCUUAAAAUAUUAUACUCUACUUAAAAAACAUUUAAUUAUGACGAUAAAAGGGGUUUUAUUAAUUGUAUAAAUUAUUUGUACCAAUCGAUUGCAACAGAUAACGAUUGUUUUUUUAGAUAUUGUCCAUACACGAGCAUAGCCAGGUAACACCGUCUAGUACAAGGUUUUUCAACCUUGAAGACACGACUUCCUAUGGAGGCGUGCUGCAUACUGUGCUCCUCAUAAAAUUUUCACGGCACAUGUCCUAGUCAUGAAUAUUUUUAAGACCUUUUUUUCGGUUAUUAUUUAAUAUUUUUUCCAUCAAAUUUAAACUUAAUAAUAAAUCAUUUAAUUUUUCUAAGUUUAUUUAACUAAACGAACCUGGUCUUUUUGAACUUAUAACAUUUGAGAUGACAGAUGAUUUUAUUUCAUAAUAAUUAUUAUCAGUAAAUGAAUAUCAUAAAUUUAUUUAAAAAAAAAAAAAAUACUCUUAUGGUAUGCUGUUACAAUGAAACUAUAAAACUAUAAAUGUAAUGUCUAACAAAUGAUUAUAGUGUAAACGACCUGUACGUUUACAUGCAUUUAUCCAACUGGAACGGAUAAUCUGAUAAAUAUUAUUAUACAUUUCAUUACAGUUCAAUACUAAUAUGAGAUACCUUAUCUUAAUAAUUUUCUUCCUACAAAUUUUCGAUUUAUAAAUAUAUAUCAGAUGCAUUAUAACAAAGCACCUAGUUUGAAAACUACUGAUAUAUUACAUAUUCCAAUCGUAUAGUAGUGAGAGGGGCGUGAUAUAAUGCAAUAGUUUUAAAAGAAAGCUUGGAUCCUAAAAGAUUGAGAACCCAGGUAUAUACCUAUAAUAUAUAGGAAGGCUGUUGGUUGUAACAUCGUUCCAGCACUUUUUUUUUUACACUGAUUGGACUAUGAAUCAAUGGGAACCUUCUUUAUACCCAAAAAAGUCGUCAAGUGAAAACAAUAUUCUAAAUUUUCAAUCGUUCGAGAGAUAGAGCGCAUAUAGUUUGACCGAAAGACACGGCCAAAAUCAUAAAGUAAAAGUUACAAUACUAAAUAAUAUAACAAAGUGCAGUUCAACCGUUUUUAUUUUCCGAGAAAAUUCGACAAAAUAGCUUUGUCGAGUGCGUAUACAAAUGUACGAUUGGUAGGUACAUAAUACAAAGUUAUAUACGAUAACAUGCGCGUAUUAUAAUCAAAUGUAAGACUCUAGCUGCACAAAUUGUAUUUUAUAAUACGGACUUUGAUUAAAUCUCUCAAUUCAGUUUUUCAAUAGAGAUGCAAACAUUUGGAUCGGGCUGAUUUUUCAUUCCAUUCAGCCAUUUAUAUACCUAUUCUGUUUAUUUUGUGGAACUGAAAUCAUUUUCCGCUCGCGCGUACUCGUAUUCCUACUUUAAAUUUUGAUAUUCAAAAAUUUUUGUUUGUUUUCAUUAUAAUACUAGUCUAAACUACGGUCAUAAUUUAUUUUUCGAUGAAAUAAAUUAUUGUAUUAUCAUUUACUCCAAGUGACGUCACUUUCUAUGCGCACUGUUGUCUUGCUGAUGUGACUGAAUAAUUAGCCAUGGUAAAAAUAUUAACCACGUCAUAAAUCACUAUGUCUUAUUCUCACAUCACGGCCGAACUCCGGUAAAAGUGGCCAUUGAAUAUGGUUCGAUUACCGGUUAAUUUCACUCCACUAGGCCAUUUAUAUAUCCUGUUUACUUUACGGAAUCUAAAAAUAUUUUUCCUAAAACAAAAUUGAUAAAUUAAUUCAAUUUCAAUAUCAUACAUCUAUUUUUUCGUCAAUUUGUUGAAAUUACAACAAAAUAAUAGUCAUGAUAAAAAUGUAUCACCCAUCAUGACUCACUCUCAUAUCUCAGUCGGCCGAACAACGAUAGAAAUGCCCAUUGGCAACACUGCGAUUGUAUUUUACAUUUUACAUUGUAUCGACGAAUUUAUAACAUCUUAUACAGGUCAGAAAAACAUUUUUCAAAAAAGGGCUGCCAAUGUAUAGUCUGAAUCCUAACGUUUAAGAGCUUGACCAAGAACUUAUUAUGUAACAAGACACAUAAAACAAUACUCUGGAAAUAAUAAUAUUAUUGUGCCUCUGAAUGUCUAUUCUCAAUAAUUGGAAAUUUAUAUCAGCGGUUUGAAAAAUCUACCAGACAGAAUAUAUUAACAUUUUACGUAUAUUUUAACCAAAAAUUCUGUGACCCCGAGUGCGAAUCGUCAGUCUUGUUGAGUGUCGGUUUUUAGUAUGAAAAUAAUAAAAUUGUAAAAAUUGACUACGCAUGUGUAUCCCUGAAUGUUUCGGCGAAAACGUCGCAAAAUCGUUAACAACGUGUCACGAAACAUGUUUGCGACUAUUUUCACUGAACCGUAGCGAAAAAUUCGUACCUUGGAAAUUAUUUUGGAAAAUAUUAUGUUUUCUCCCGAGGGAGACCCGAAAAAUGUAUUUCUACUUCUAGCUUUCAGAAAUUAUUCCGAACUGCCAUAACAUAUUUAAUACUAUUGUAUGGAUCAUAAAUAGCUGUAUAUAAAAGACAUUGUACGAGCACAAAUACGAAUACAUACGAAUUGCAUAUACAUAAUCGGAGAAAAAUAAAAGGAAAAAAUUCCAUAAUACGCUCUCCAGUUAUUUUCGUCCUAUUAUAUUAUACUUUACACGGACGAACUUUUGCCGUGUGUUAUGAUGUCGGUCACGUAUCUUUUAUAUUAAAAAAAAAGGCCUACAGUAGAGAGUAGAGAUUUUGAAAGAGGAAAUUAAUGAGAAUUCAGUAACCCAUACCUACUGGAUUACCGUGACUGAAUUACCAUAGUUUAUUGCACACAGAGAAUAUCAUAAUAAAUGCGCACAUAUACUAUGUAUACGAGUACAUAUGUAUACGCUUAGUUGACACUUUAGAGUACACGCUAGAAAUAUAUUUUAAGCACUCGGUAUUUAAAGUUGCAGUAUACGUAUUAUGUUUUGUCGUACCUAUGAUACGAUUCAAAUAUUUCCAAUGUUACAAAAUAAUAUAAUAUUAUAAAUUGUCGUAUAAUACUCACCCGUCACCCGAGGAUAGAUCCCCGAUCUGAUAGGUCGUAGCUAUUUAUAAUUGCGAUAAUUCGUAAACAAAUUGUAUAUUUUUUAAUACUUAUUACUAGGGUUUCUAACAAUUUAAAUGUAACAUGUAAGAUCAAAAAAAAAAGUAAUAUCAUUUUUUUACCCGGAAGUUCUUUAAAUAUACCCCCUAAGAUAAAUAUUUCGAAAAAAAAAUUAGUUUAACAAUAGUUUUAUUAUUACUAGUACAGUAUGUAAAAUUUUUAUUAAUUAAUAAAAGAAAAACAACAUUUUAAAACAUAUAUCUACCAAUAACUGACCAAAUAUCAUCGUCGUUAACACUCUAUAGAAUAUGGUACAUUUGUAAUAAAACUCGUGUCUAGUGAAUUGAUUAAUGGAUUUAAGAGGCUAUAUAUUAAAGUAAAUUUGUUUGCAAUGUUCUAUAAUUUAACCGUUUGCUAAACGAAUCGCCAAAUACAAUCCUCGUUUGGUCCGUUCAUUAAACACAGAAGUAUUCAUGACAGUAAACGUUAUCUGAUGAUUCUUGACGGAUUAUAAUUUGUUAGUCAUUGACAAAAUUAGUAAAACUAAAAUCAUUAGAAAUCCCGUAAGUCGAAAAUGUCCAAUUUACUCUGUAAAACUGGGUUUUAAAUUUAUAAUCAAAUAUCAUUUAUUCCGAAAUUAUAGCAAAUAAAAAAAACUUUGGUGCAUUGUUUAAAAUUUGUAGAACAAAAUAUAAUUUAUUUAGAGUUAUAUAGGACAUUAUGUUCCCAGCGCUAGUCAUAGCUAAUAUAUGCAAUAUAAUAAUAUAAUCCGAGUUAAAAUCUGCGAGAUUACUGUGGCGGAAAAAUUAAUCAAUUAAGUGUACAUUAUGAACAUGAAUUGUGCGUAGUUUUACAAUAUAAUAAUUAAACGCUUAAAAAAUUACGAGUGCCCGCACCCAGGAUAAUUUAUCACGACGGUGAUACUUAUUUACUUAAAUGCACUGUUGUCAGUACGAUUAACUUUUUUUCUAAGGAGAAUGUUGCGUAUGGGCCCAAAAAAGAGAUUGAUCACGUAGCUCUCUGUUUAAAUUGACGUGGUUAGUAUAAUACACUAUAGCUGCUUGUACCCUAACAUUUUAACAGAAGGGAUUCAACUUUUUUACCAUGCUAAUAAUAUUAUAGAGUAUCAUUAAAAAAAAAAAUACUAUUCUUAAGUUUCUAGUCGUAUGGCUCGGUGCACUAUUUUACAGAAAUAAUAAUCUAAUUGAUUUUUUCUCAUUGGAUUUUUAAAUCGAUAUUAAUAAAUUAUCGGAAAUAUAGUUUAAUCCAAAUUCAUAAUAUUUAUUAAAAAUAAAAAAACGAAUGUUUAACUUUUUUUAAAUUUUCAUUGAAUAUAAAUGUUUAGUAAAAAUAUAAUAUCAUAUGUAGUGACAUAAUUAAGGGCCUAUUGAGUCAUGAGGAACCCAUCUUUAUUGUGUAAUAUUCCUUAAAGUAAAUUAAUAUUGAGUAUAUACGUUAGUUUAAUGCAACUAUAUAAUAGUUUAUAAAAGAUAAUCAUAAUUUAUUUAUUUUUCGAAAACAACGAUGGCAUUUGUCAUUUAAACAAUUGUUUGACGUUAAAAAUAUAUAGAAAUUGUCAAACUAAUGUGUACUCUUUGUUAUAAAGUUAAUUUUACUCACAUAUUAUAUAAAAAACAUUUGUUUAUAUUCACGCGAGGCGUGUAACUUAGUCAUAAGUAAUUUAAUUUGUUAAUUAAAUUUUAAGAUUUAAACUCGUGAAUGCCAAAUCUUGAAAAUAGUACAUCUAUAAAAAAUACAUUAUCUGCUUAAUCAUUGAUAUUUGUCUCUAAAAUAUUUAGAUAAAAGUUAUGUAUUUAUUAAUACGAGUUAAAAGAUAAUUAAAAACAUAUCAAAAUAAGUCUCGACACUGCUUAUGGCACAAAAUUAAAAAGUCAAUUUCCUUACGUAAAUAAGUGUAAAAACAAUUUAACGUUUACUAUAUUACAAAGUCAGAAACAUAGAAGUAUAUUUAAAAUCGUCGCAAAGGUCAUAGAAAAUAAAACAAUUCAACAGUUUUGUUUAAAAAUUACUCAUUGACCCUUGAAAGUUGAAACUAAUUAUGUACUCUCGCAGAUGUGUAUAAAACAUCUAUAGUACAGGCUUUUAGGAAAUUGGCUUUUGUUUUUAAGCGCAGUGAACCUAUACGUCUCUAUUUUUCGUAUAUCACCGUCGCGGUCAUUUAGACAUAAUGUAUAUAAUAUACAAGAGUAUUAUACAUAUUAUACAUAUUUACAUACCAAUUAAUUCAGACCGUUUUAUGAAAAUAUUACCCUCGCAAAUUAUUUAUACGACGACGAAUUGAUAAGUGCGUGUGUUCAAAAUACUCAAAACGCGAACAAAUAUACAUGCUCGCGAAUACCGUACAUAGUGUUAUCAAUAUGUACUUUUUUUUUAAAAUUCUGAGUAUAGCGAAGAAUAUAUUAGUAUUGCAAAGACGUUAAUUUUUUUAUGAGAUCACUUUUUUUACCUAAAAGUUUACUCCGAUUAUCAAAUAUAGCAUCUUUUCAGAAAGGAAAUAUUUUCUGGGUGAUGCUUUACAGAAAUCAUUUUUUUUUUUUAAUUCUCAUUAAUAUUCGAUAUAAUGUGGAAAACCUUGUUCUUUAGGUUAAAAAACAUUGAAAAAAUAAAAAUAAGGUUGUCAUUUUUAAACAAUCAUUGUUGUCAUGGAACCUUACAUUGUUGUUAUCAUUUAUUAUAUAUUUAUUUUAUAUUAUCAUUUUAUUAUAAUAUAACAAAGCAACACUAUCAACUGAACAACGCUCAGAAUCAAUUUUUCAUCGGCAAUGGUUUAUCGUUGCUUACUGACACAUUAAAUUCCCAUCUGUAAUCUAUCUUUCCAAUGUCCCAAAUACAACAGUGGUUGUGCCCACGUGCGAAGUAUGUCCAUCCUUUUUUAUUUUGUUGUAAUUCAGUUAAAAAUAUUAGUAGAGACUUGAAAAUUUGACUGAAAACUUAUAUUUGCUUUAAAUAAACGUAGUGAAAUUUUCAAAACUUUUGAGCUAUUUAUACACAAUUGUAUUCGAUACAGGUACUCUGCGGAUAAAAUUGUUGAGACUAAACAGAAACGUUUAAUAUUUGACAGGUUCAUUAGAACAUGUACUUAGCGGUAAAAAAGUAUGUCCAUUCUUUUUUUAUAACUUUGUUACAACGUGCAUAUGGCUGAAGUCAAGAUAAAAAUUUACUCCGAUAUAUUUUCUGAACACUUUUGUCGUACACUUUCUGUUACGGAAAUAUUAUCGAAUUGCAUAUUAAGUAUACACGUUUAUUUUUAAAAUAUUAAUUUAUCUAAUUAUAUAUAAAUUGUGCAUGGGUAGUAAAUAAGCCAAUAUAAAUUAUCAAAGUAUAUAAUACCUCUUAUUCCUGUCAUGAAUUGCACUUAAUUAUUCUGCGUCAUUAAACUAUUUAACAUUUGUGUCAAAAUAUUGAUCGAUUUGUGUGCUAUAAAACACCGAAAUAAUUUUCGAUGUUAGAUGAAAAUAGGAAGUUAUUUAAAACGAAAAAUAAUAUCUAACAAUUAUUUUUUUUUUCUAUGGAAUUAAGUAGAACGUACAUUCAAUUUAAAAUAGAGCAAUACAAAAGCUGUUUAUUUACAUAGGAAAAAACUAUUUUACGCAAAAUAAUUUAUCAUUUUACGAUUAUACGUCAUAGUAUUCAUUGCGAUAGUCGCAUGUUUGGUUUUUUCGGGUUGCAUAUCAAUGUAUAUGAAACAAAAAUAAUAAAUACGAGCAUUUUGGUAUUGGAAAACUUUCUAAACCGCGGAAUAUUACAACAUAUAUAAGUUUUCGUAUAUUCGAAGCUCCACGAGGUUCCUGCGACGGGCGUCGGUCAAAAACGAUUAUUUUUCGGUAACAAAAAACUUCCGGUCACAUUUUAUUGUUAUCAUCGCGUCCGUUUCCCGGAUUUCAUACACACACAUACAAACAAAGGGUUACCUAUUGAAGCCGUAUGCAAUUAUUAUUGUAUAUUAUUAACUUUAUAAUAUAAACGAUAAUAUAUGUUUUGUAAACUAAUUUAAUUUUUUUUAUCUAUACAGGUGCGACCAAUGUGCGUUGGGAUGUGA